AUUAAAUUGACGGAGUAAUGACGUUUUUAUAAUGUUAAAGAGAAGUGAUGAAUAUUUUAUAAGUUUUUCCUUCAUUUUUUUGAUUUUGUAAUUGCUAGUGAAAUGUAUAUUUAUAAACUCCUUUUGUAACUUCAAACAGAAUGCCUAAAACGGAAGAAGCUGCAGCUUCUGGUGGGGAAGACAAAGAAGAAAGUACUGCUCAAGAAGGAACCUUCGAAUGCAAUAUUUGUCUAGAUACUGCAAAAGAUGCUGUUGUUAGCCUUUGUGGCCAUUUAUUUUGCUGGCCAUGUCUGCAUCGAUGGUUAGAAACUAGACCUAGCCGACAGGUUUGCCCUGUUUGUAAAGCUGCUAUUAGCAGAGAGAAGGUUAUUCCUCUUUAUGGCCGUGGAGGCUCUAAGCAAGAUCCUAGAGAAAAAUUGCCCCCAAGACCUCCCGGACAAAGAACAGAAGCUGAAAAUAACCAAGGGCCGGCUUUUCCAGUAUUUGGGUUUGGAGAUGGAGGCUUCCAUAUGUCAUUUGGAAUUGGCGCUUUUCCAUUUGGAAUUUUUGCUCCUUCCUUCAAUUUUGGAGAUGGCCGACCAGCACCCGCUCCUGGUUCACCGGAAUUUGCUGAAGAUCAAUUUUUAUCAAAACUAUUUCUUUGGGUUGCCAUUGUAUUUAUAAUUUGGCUGCUGUUUGCAUGAGAACAAAGUCAGUAAUUGUGUUCACAAAGAAAUCCAAAAUAUUAUUUAUAUACGUGAUAUACUCUACAAGGAAUUGAACUAUGCAAUUUUUUUAUAUGUACAUAAUAACUGAAUUUUAAGAAUUGAAUCAACUCUAGCUCAUACGUGUAUUCGAAUUUAAAAUAAAAGUUGCUGUAAAAUGUUGAUUUGAUUGAGAGAGAGACUGAAUUGCUUGAUGAAUAAAAUUUUGAAUUGUAAAUAUCAUGCUCUCUAUAAAUUUAUAUAAGAUUUCCAUCAAUAUAAAAUUUUAAAAGCAUUUUAAUUCAAUUGCUAGAUUUUGCCAUAUAAAAUUUUUAUAGCAGGGGUUUCCAAACUAUGGCCUGCGGGUCAAAAGUGACCCGAGAACAUCUAAAAUCCUUCCUGCAGCAGCCGGCUAGAUUUUAGACGCAUAAAUCAGCCAAGUCUUAAUCCACAUCACCACUGAAGUGAAAAUGCUUCAAGUACCAAAAAUGAGCCUAGUAGUUAUUUUUCAGGUCAUAAACAUUUUUAUUAAUAAUUUUUAAAACGUUAUAUGUCUGAUAUCAAGCUUGUUGCUACCCUGGUCCAGUGAAUGAAAUUUAUGUGUUUUGGAAAUAUUUGAACAAACAAGUUUUCGGCUUCCUGCAAGAAUCAAUAAGACAUUGACGUUUGAAGUCUGGCAAUUCUAUGUGAUGUCAUUGGAUUUUCUUUCUUUCUUUUUUUUUUGGAAAGACAGGAUAGUAGGUUUCCUCUAGAGUAAAGGUGGCCAACAAGAUUGUCAUUGAAAUGGUUUUUUAAUGGCUAUUAGUCAUGAUUGUUUGGCGGAAUCAUUUUAUUAUGAGACAUUGGGAAAGUUCUUAUUUUAUUUAAACUUCAUGUUAUGACUUUUAAGAGUUUAUUCAAUAUUAAUUUGUUUUGUAAAUGCAUUCAAUUCAAUAAAAUGCUCGGAAAAUACUGUGAGGUAUAGGUGAGCAGGUAAAGGGCAGUAACUACAAAGUUUUUUUUUUUUUUUUUUUCAGUUUUGUCAUCUGUUGUACUUUGAUUUUAUUGUACAAGCUUGUGCUUAUUUGGUUUCCGCUGAAAAAAAAGCAUGAAAAAAUGUGUAAUUCUGAUGUUUCCCUAUAGUUAGUAUUGAAUCUAAAAUGAUUCUUCAAAUAUCUCGAAAACUCAUUUCUGCAGAUACUGCCAUUUACCUGUUCAUGGCUAAAUAACUUUCUGCAUAUCAGAAUGUUUGGUCAUUCGUUUGAAUUGAAUGGUGAUCUCAAAUAAAUUUUGUGGUUUUUCAAUGUGUAUUAUUCUGUGUAAAAUUCAUUGUUUUUAGAAAUUAUAAAGAUAUGUGCAUGAAUAAAAUCAUUUUUCUUAUCAAGAUUAAUAGCAAAACUUGAAGAUUAAAUGAACAUCUCAACGUUUUCCAUGUGCUUUUUAUUUAAAGUGUUUUGAUGUUCAAUGUAUCAAUGCUUUAAAUUCAUUGCAUUCGUGCUUUGAAAAUAUUUAUGAAAGCUAGUUUGUCCAACAACAUGAUUCUGGGCUGAACCUAAACUCAUAUUCAGUUCCUAAAAUGUGUAUGAAGAUUGAUUUGUAUAGAAGUGAAAUGAGAAAUAAUCGACUAGUAAAUCAUUUAUUUUCGAAUUGAAUGUAUCCUACACCCCAACACAAAUAAAUAAAUCACAAACACUAAAUCUAGUAUUUUCAUAUUUGUUGAUAUUUUAUUCGAAGUUUUUCCCCCAAGAAAGAGCCAAAAUCUAAUAAAUCUAAGCUUGCUUCUCUACAUAGAAAUACUUGUAUUCUUCUGCAAUCAAAUAUGUUUUUAAGUAAAUAGUUUUUUUUUUCGUGUUACUGGUUCUAAAAAUAAGUUGAAUAUUAUAUUAGCCUUUGAUUUUUAUUUCAUUCACUUGAAAAUAGCUAUGGUUGGAACUUGAAUUGCAUUUUCCUUGAGGCAGUGUAAAUAACAUUGUAGGGGAUGGCAAUGUUACUUUCUGUACAGUUUCCUGAAAUUGUUUUCUACCCAUUAUGACUGCCGUGACGGAUCCAGACGAUUGGGAGGGGAAAAUGACUAAUGAAUUACGGAAAGGGGGAGAGACUGGUUUUUUUAAAGCUUAUAUAUAUCUAUAAGAACUAAAGAAUUAUUUUUUUCUUUUAAAUAAUGUGCAUGAUUCAAAGAGUUUGAAUGAAAGUUAAAGAAGAGUACCAAGAAUAAAAAAUUGGAAAAAAAAUAGAGGGAAGAGUUUCUAUUAUUACAUAUUGUAGAUCUAAUGUCCAAACAUAAUCCUUCAACUUUUGAUUCGUUUGAGGAUUCGGAAAGUACUUUCAGUAGCCAUUUAGUUUCUCAACUAAUUGUACUUUUUCCUUAUAAAAUAAAGGGUACAGUAUCAAGAUGGCAUCCCUUUACCAGUUUUCAUACCGAACAUAAUGAAAUACAAGAAUUGCAUUUGGAACUAAAAUUUGAAGAUAGUUGGAUUUGUUUGUUGAUAGAUCUAUUUAUUACUCGUACAAAAUAGGAGUGUUUGCGGGAUCUCCCCCAAAUUUGUUUUGUUAGGAACGCAUUUUUAAACCCUCUAUGGUGGAUAAUAGGAGGAAGGGAGGUUUGCAGGUCCCUCUCCGGAAAUUUUUUGAACUUUAAGGACAUAAUUUUUGAAAAUACAGUUGUUAGGGCCAUCUUUGGUGGCUUGAAUGGAAAGGAUGAGAUUCAGGAACUCUCCCCAGUCGUUUUUUCAUAUUAGAGCUCCAAAAACGCAACUUUAGAGAGUUUUAAUGAUGCUAAAAACAAAGGGGUUUGGGGGCUUUCCCUCGGAAAAAUUUUCUUAAUUGAAGUCCUAAAAACACAACUAAGGACCACCUUUGAUGACGUAGCGGAAAAUAUGGGGUUCAGAACGUUUCCCCCAGAAUUGUUUCGAAGUGAAAUUCCAAAAAUUCAGUUUUAGACAAUCUUGGAAUGGUAUUGAAAGGUGAGGAAACGACUUGGGGGGGGGGGGGGCACCUUCGGAAAUUUUUUGAAAUUGAAGUUCUUAAAAAGCAGUUGUGUGCCAUCUUUUAUGAUGUUGGGGAUUCGGAACUUUCCACCGAACAUUGUUCAAAAAUGGAGUCUUGAAAAGGUGGUUGUUGGCCGUCUCUGGUAGCAUUAAGAGUUUUAUGGGGUCAGGAGCUGUCCCUCAACUUUUCGAUAUUGAAUCUUCAAAGACGCAACAGAACGCCCUCUUUAAAGACACUAAGCGAAGGCAUGAGGUUAAAAAUUCUCCCUCUGAAAUAUGUUGGUAUUAAAGUUACAAAAACAUAGUUUAAGAUCUUUUUUGUCAUGCUAGGGAAAGGUGAAGUUUUGUAGAUUUCCUACGGAAGUUGUUUGGAAUUGGAGUCUUAAAAACAUGAUUGCAGGAUGACUUUGAUAACAUUAGGUAAAGAAAUGGGAUUCAAGGAAUCUUCCUCUGUGAUUUUUUCGUAGUUAAAGCUCCAAAAAUUCAAAGUUUUUGACGAUCUUCGAUCACUUUGGAGAGGGUGUUCAGGGACUCUCCCAUGGAAAAAUUUUGGAAUUAAAGUCAUAAAAAUACAGUUGUGGGCUAUUUUUUGUGAUGAAGUUUUUUUUGGGAGGGGGGAUGUUUGGUCGUUUGGUGGUGGUUUACCAUAAAUUUUUCAAGUUUACAAACCCUUUUUUGAGGGGGGGGGGGGGGGGUGAUUGCCCCAAUCUCCCCCCCCCCCUGUGCAUCUGCCACUGUAUGACUGCGAAGUACAAAUUUAAUUUUUAAUGAAAUAUUUGUGUUGUAAUUAAUCCCACCAAAGUUAUAAACUGCCUGUAUUCAUGUAGUAAAUUCAUAUACGUUUCGUAACAUGCAUUUUGUAUACACACACUAGUUUAAUCAGUAAAUUACCGCCCGGCUGGAAAUGACUGAGCUGGCGGUGUAUUUCACACACCAGUAUGUUUGUGGAAAAUUACAAAUAACUCGAGUCUUGUCAGUGGCAGAAAACCCUGUAUGCAAAAAUAAAAACUUUUUUUCCCUGAAAUAAACACACAUACAUAUGUGAUAUCAAAUAGUACUCAUUGUAACUCUUUAGUGUUGAAAUUUCACACUUUUAAAAUGUCAUAAUUUUAUGUUGACAUACUGCAUGUAAGAUCAUGUUAAAUUGCAAUGUAAUAUAAUUUUGCUGAACAUUCUAUUUAUGUUAAGUUCAAAGUUUUUUCUUUUGUAAAACUCCUGUGCAUUAUUAGCUAAACAUUUUUCCCCCCUUUACCAAGUGCUUUGUAUAUAAUGUUUAGUUGUUUUUAGCUAUUUUAAAUUAUUUUAUAAAUGUAAAUGAAAAAAAAAUCUAUUAAAAUAUUUAAAUAAAA